CGCGCCUACUCCGGAGCUGGGCGGACGAAGGGUCCACACCGCCGGGUCCUGCGCUGUCACUUCGCCGUCCGCUCGGUCCCGACUCCGCCGCCAUCAUGAUGUGCGGGGGCCCCAGCGCCACGCGGCCGGCCACGGCCGAGACGCAGGACAUCGCUGACCAGGUGAAGUCCCAGCUUGAAGAGAAAGAGAACCAGAAGUUCCCUGUUUUCAAGGCUGUGUCCUACAGGAGCCAAGUGGUGGCAGGAACAAACUUCUUCAUUAAGGUGGACGUCGGCGAUGAGAAGUGCGUGCACCUGCGGGUGUUCCGGAGCCUGCCACACGAGAACAAGCCCCUGACCCUGCACGCCUACCAGACCGACAAGGCCAAGCACGACGAGCUGACCUACUUCUAGUCCCCUCCGUCCCCGUCACAGACCCUUGCAGGAUUCUGCUGAGUGCAGCACGGGUUUGGGACCACGGAGCGAAGAACGUCACCUCUGUGCCGAGCCCUUUAUGGCCCGGAGGGUACUGGGAGGCAGCUGCUGUCACGUGGCGGUUCCAGUGUCCUUGAGAUGGUAUUUUCCUGCCCCAUUUAUGAUCUUAAUCACUUUCAAAGAGCCCCACCCUGACUCUCCUUAAAUAUAUUUUCACAUCUUUA